UGCACAGAAAGCUCAAAGACCUGAGAAUCUCUAUAUCCCUAGAGGAAGGGUUAAGAAAGAGACAAUAGUCAGGCCUGUAAGGGACCUGUCUCAAUCAAGCAUAUAUGAUCCAUUUGCUGGAAUGAAAACCCCAGGUCAACGGCAGCUGAUUACAUUACAAGAGCAAGUGAAAAUGGGCAUACUCACCGUUGAUGAAGCUGUACUUCAUUUUAAGGAAUGGCAACUGAACCAGAAAAAGAGAUCAGAAUCAUUCCGGUUCCAGCAGGAAAAUCUGAAACGGCUACGAGACAGCAUAACCAGGAGGCAAAUGGAGAAGCAAAAAAAAGACAAAAGUGCAGACUUGGAAAUUACAGUACCCAUUCGACAUUCUCAUAAUACUUUGGGGAAACCGGAAUGUGGAAUAUAUGAAUACGCCCCCAGGAAAAAUGUUUUCCCACCAAAAAAGGAGUUAAAGCGAGGAGACUGGAAAACAGAAAGCACGUCCAGCACAGCAAGUAGUGCAAGUAACCGCUCCAGCACUCGGAGCAUAUUGAGUGUCAGCAGUGGGAUGGAAGGGGACAGUGAGGACAAUGAAGUCCCAGAAACAACUAGAAGCCGCAGCCCAGUUGGCCAUCAAGCAGAGAGGCUGCCUUUCCCAGAAAGGCCUCCCAGAGUGCCUCCUCGAGGUGCAAGCAGGCCUGUAAGCUGUGAAGGCUUUUAUCCUCCACCUGUGCCCCCAAGAGGUCGCUGAAUCUACAUCUGUGGAAUAUGAGAUUUUUGUGUUUGUAUAUGCGUUUGUACAGAUAUUUUUAGUUGUUUUAAAUUAUUUAUAAGUGGGAGCCAAAUGUUUUCUUCCCCUUCCUCCUCCCUAAAGCUCUGGUGACUUUUCCCAUGAUUUUCACUGAGACUUCUUGGCCUUCUGUAACUUUUUUGCUUGGAAGAAUUUUGGUGCUUUGGGAGUUCAAGACAAAGUAUCAAGGCUGGGAAGGAGAACGCUGAUGCGUGUCUUGGCAGCCCUGCAACAUGAAGUUUCCCUUUGCCCAAGAAAAAA